ACAAACAAACAUCAUCGAACUUCAUAGGAUUGACGGUGCCAAAAAGAAGAAAUCCCAUCUCUAUCUAUCUAUCUCUCUAUGAAUCAGCUGAUGAGCUAUAAUAUGAUGCCUCAUUCUUCGAUUACAAUCAACGCCUUCAACAACUACUAGUAGAAACAGCUGAUGAUGCCAUUAUAAUACAAACAACAACAGCAACAACGAUUUAUCUCUUCACCAAACUCUUAAAUCCCUUUCCAGAUCAGAUCUUUCUAUUUCUAUUUCUCUCAAUUCAGAUUUCAUAUAUUAGAUUAUCUAUUAUUACCGAUUCAACAGCUUCUUUCAUUCAUCUAUGUCUCCCCUUCUCAGAUUGGAGUCUAAAUGGGGUUGACAGUAGAUUGGAAAUGAGAUGUUGCAGAGUAACCUGAACGAGGAGGAAAUUAAGACCUCUGAUAUAAAAAAUAGUCAGACAGAAAGUGAAAGUGAAAGUGAAUUUGAAAGCUUAGUUCUUCCCAGGGACCCUUCAUUCUCAGGCUGGAGCGAUGAUAUCGCUGAUUUCCGAUCAGAUCAUCUGUUAGGAAAAUCAGCUGAUAUCGUCGAAGAUUUUCGCUUUGAGCUUCCAUUAAGUGAAUUACAAACUGGGCCUGAGAAAGAGUUGUUGAAGAUGAAAAACAUGCAGACCAAUGGUGUGCAUGGAAAUGAAACUAGUGCCUUUGAUGAGGCUAUAAGCAGUGAAAAGGUUAUCGCGUUUAACAUUGAAAAUGGGUCGAGAAGGGUGGGAAGCUACUCAAAUUCUGUUAAUGGAUAUGACUCGAUUGAUAGUCAUGAUGGAGAAUCCCAAUCCCGUAUAGUUUCUAAGAAUCCCAUUUCUGCAUCUGAUGUGUUGAAAACGCUCUUCUUUAUACUCGUUUGGUACACUUUCAGCACAUUCUUGACACUGUAUAAUAAAACUUUACUAGGAGAUCAUUUGGGGAAAUUCCCAGCUCCCUUGUUGAUGAAUACGGUUCAUUUUGCGAUGCAAGCCAUAUUAUCGCAGGGAAUUACGUGGUUUUGGUCUAAAAGAUUUCAGCCUGGAAUUCCAAUGUCAUGGAGGGACUACUUUGUGAGAGUUGUACCAACUGCUCUAUCAACUGCAUUGGAUGUUAACCUGAGCAAUGAAUCCCUGGUUUUCAUCUCUGUCACUUUUGCUACUAUGUGUAAAUCUGCUGCUCCAAUAUUCUUGCUUUUAUUUGCAUUUGCAUUCAGGUUGGAAUCACCAAGCAUGAAGUUACUUGGCAUCAUCGUUGUUAUCUCUGCUGGUGUAUUGCUUACAGUUGCGAAAGAAGCAGAAUUUGAAUUCUGGGGAUUCCUUUUCGUAAUGCUUGCUGCAGUUAUGUCCGGUUUUAGAUGGUGCAUGACUCAAAUUCUUCUUCAGAAAGAAGACUAUGGUUUGAAAAACCCGCUUAUCCUGAUGAGCUAUCUAUCUCCAGUAAUGGCAGCUGUGACUGCAAUACUAUCUCUUUUAUUGGAUCCUUGGGAUGAAUUUAGAAAUAGCAAUUACUUUGAUAGUUCAUGGCAUUUCACCCAAAGCUGCUUUCUUAUGCUCUUUGGUGGCACACUUGCCUUUUUUAUGGUUCUGACAGAGUACAUUCUUGUGUCGGUUACUAGUGCGGUGACUGUAACAAUAGCAGGGGUCGUCAAGGAGUCUGUCACUAUUUUGGUUGCGGUAUUUUAUUUCCAUGAUGAAUUUACAUGGUUGAAGGGGAUUGGUCUAAUCACGAUUAUGAUUGGUGUUGGUUUAUUCAACUGGUACAAGUAUUUGAAGCUACAAAAGGGGGGAAAAGGCGGAGGAGAGGAUUCAAUUGCGUCGCUGCAGAAAAAUGAUGCUUCCAAAUAUGUUAUUCUCGAGGAUGAGAUGGAUGAUGAUCUUCGUGAUUAGAUUGUUGAUUGCCCGUUGAUUUAGUUAUUUCUCAAACCUUUCCCGAACUUCUACACUCGACCUUGAGCUUCUUUUACUAGAGAGUUGAUUGUAGAAAUGAAAAAAAAGGAAUGAAUUUUGCCAUUAUUCUUCAUCAUGUAAAAUUUAAUGAAUUGUAUAAUAUGAUGAUUUCUUCUUAGUUUUGAAUUUGUGUACUUUUGGAGGUGCUUUUCUUGAUUCAUUUUAUUGUAAUACUGUGACUUUAUUAUUGUA